CAUCCUUCAAGAACCUCCUCACGACUCCAUUCGCAUCUCUUCCCAGUCCCUCGCGGCCAAGACACAGCCAAUUUGAGCAAUCACAACCGCACACGACUGGAUCCAUCCCCAGCGCAGAAUGUUAAGCCCGCCUCACAAUCCUGACGCGCAUCCCACCCGCACGGCUCUGUCAUGCAACCAAUGCGAUCGAACCUUUUCUCGUCCCAGUCACCUCAAUCGCCAUCGCCUGACCCAUCUCCCUCCGUCUCGACGCAACACAAUCCCGUGCAUCUACUGCGACCAGACCUUUUCCAGGAAAGACGUGCUCCUCCGGCAUCUGCGCGCCGCCCACGAUGUCGACCUCCCCUCCAACAGCUCCCAGCAGAAGUCCUGCUAUCGAUGCGUGCGCAGGAAGCUCAAGUGCGAUCGCGCUCUUCCGUGCCGCUCCUGCGCUGUAGCGGCUGCCACCGAGCCCUGCUCAUACCCGCCGACCGACCAGGCCUUUGGUGCUGCAUCCCAGCUCCUUGACCAGAGUUACGACGCGUCCACCCCGAUGCAGUCUACUAGUGAUUCAGGGUCCAGGCAAAACGACCAGUCCGAUUUCGCCACGGCAUCGCCCGAAACAUUUUCCAGCCUCAGCCAACCCUUGGAUCCUCUUCUUCUUAAUGCCGAUCAAUUUAGCCCGGUCUUUUCUGGAGGGCCAGCUCUUGCUGGGGAAACCGCCAUGUUUGGCCCGUCGAUGAACACUAGUGUUCAGUUUGACUUCAGGUGUAGUGGGUUUGACUGGCUAGACUUUGACGCACCCGACGUCGAGCUUGCUAUUAACUGUGUUGUCGGCGAUGUUGCCAUCCCUGCAUCCACAUCGAUCUUGCCUGGAUCACUGCCCAGUGUCUCCAUUCACGCCAUCCCAACAGUUCAAGCGAAAUCGCCUGUCCUUCCCUGGCCAUUCGAGCAAGGACAAGAAACCGCCUCAGCCAGGUGUCCCCUACCUCCAUUACGUGAGGUGCUACAAAACUCCUUGCGGUCGAGCUCGGGGACUAAGACGGCGGCGCUGGAAGGUCUCGUUCAGAUCCUAUCCGAGCAAAAGCUGCCUAAGCCUGAAGAUGUGACCGAACCUAAUAUGGCAUUGGGAAUUGACUUGCUUAAGCGACUUCUUGACGUCUAUUUCUCAGCCUUUCAAAUGAUCCAACCAAUAUUUCAUACUCCAACAUGGAGUAUGGGAAAUUGUCCAACUAUGCUCCUAGCUCCCAUGGCCUGUAUUGGAGCCGUCCUGUCAAGCGAGCCCAAUUCUGCUGAGCUCUCGGCCUCCAUCAGCGACUUUUGCGCUCCGAUCAUUACUUGGCUGGGCGUGUCCGACAGCGCAAAUUAUUCCGAUAUCUCAUACCUGGCGUCUCUAUGUCUUCAUCAAAUCUACUCCCUCGGGUCUGGAAACCGCCAGUUGUACCAAAAUGCCGAUAGAACCCGUGGCGUAUUGAUUGGAAGCUUACGAGGACUUGGACUAUUGAAGUCCCGUCCAAGCGUGCAGGAAGAGGGAGACAUGAACAACUCUAUGACCUCACAUGGGAUCAACUUAGACGCAGAGUGGGUCACCUGGGCAGCUCGAGAAAAGGAAAUUCGCAUUGCAUGGGCAUCUUUCGAGUAUGACUGCAGCCUAUGCACCCUCACCAGUCGUCGAGGUGCUGUCGAUCUUAGCGAGCUGCCAUCGAAACUACCGUGCAUGGACUCACUAUGGGAAGCCCCUUCAGCAGCUGCCUGGGUUGCUCUCAAGUCCAGAAUGCCAUCAAAUGCACUUGGAGCAUCGGUAUCGGGUGUGAUAGGUGCAGCCAUAGCUGGAACGCCUAUUCCUGGGCAUCUUUCUGCGUGGGCGAAGCGAUUGUGCAGCCAAGUCAUUGGGCGCCUUCUUUGGGAUUUAAAGCAGCUGGAACUUGUUUCAACCACCGAAUAUUUUGGCCUUUCCUCUCUGUCAACAGGCCAAAAGCAGUCAAAGGCGUCACUUCUGCACGCUUUAGACUGCCUGCUCGAGACCAUGAAUCACCCCACCUCGACUGGGGACCUCGUGAGCUACAACAUCUCGAGUCUACUCUGUCACUACUCCCAUUUGUACACGGCAGAUGAUAUAAUGGACAUGAUUCUCUACAUCGUGCGAAGCGUCGCAUCACGAGGCUCCACUCAAGACAAUGGUGUGGAUCUGGCACGCCGCCGUCUCAUUUCAGCGCUCGGAAACGAUCCUCGAAGAGCCCGCACGCUCGCAUGGCACGCUGGCCAGAUUGUAGCCGUGGCAAACGAAUAUUUGGUGUCAGCACCAUGUGAGAUCAUGCGUCUGUUCAUGAGUUACAUUUUUAUCAUUGCGUUUGCUCAAUACUACCCACGCCCACAACAACCUGGUCGAGGGGCUCAAGUUCGAUUAGAUCUCCCAAAUCACCAUGCAGACCAAAAGCGAGCCAUCGAGGACUGGAUUCAAACCGGAGGACCAGCUAGGAUUGGCUCCGCCGAGGACAUACUCGCCCAGGGGUCGACGAAAGUGAUCAUUCAGGACGCCCAGGUCAUGCUCCAGCGGUUGAGAUCUUGGGGGCUUGCCGAGAAGUUUGCCAAGAUUCUGCAAUGCUUUGAGAACAACGGAGAUUAAUUACUCUUGAAAAUUAAAACUGAGUGAGUACAAUUCAUGGUAC